AUGGAGCCAUUUGAUAUAUCGAAGCAGACUCUGAUUAUGAGCGUCGACUUUGGGACGACUUGGUCAGGGGUUUGCUUUGACAGUGUCUCUGCGGAGCGGGCGCUCGACAAGCCUGAAUUGCAUCGGCUGCACUCGCAGCUAUAUCAUUGGCUGUGCAACAAGAACGACUGGGAAAGCUCUCUCUUGAUGCAGAUACUUUACGGCUUGGCCUCAACUCAUCGAAAUUUACAAAUCAGCGAAUUGGCCUCUUUGGUGGCGGCGGCCUGCGGAAAUUGGCAGAAGGACCUGACGGCAGAUUGGGACACGUUGAUGGCGACAGGGUGCCAUUCAAGUCAGGUACAAGCUAAUUUCCUGCUUGACUCGUUAGCAGAUGUUCUUGCCAAAACCGAGAACGGAGAUAUUGACUUUCGAGAGCCCAGGAUGCGAGGAUUUCUUCUAAGAACAAAGCCAGCUGAAUUGGGAUUUUCCCAACUUAUGCUAGGAGAUGAAUUUCUGGCUGUCACAUCUGUCUUGAGCCUGGGGCGAAUCACCGAGGAGAUAUUCUUACGCCCCUGGGCCCUGUUCAGGAAGUCUAAAAAUCUUCUCCUUGAAAAGUGUCCAUUCUGGUAUUACGCUGCGCGGUUCUGGGACAUACACUAUCGGAAUGCAGAGAAUACCAGUGUAGUUGCGACCAGUUUGAUGGGCAAGGCUUUGCAAGCGGCUUUGGCCAACGAGGCGAAACGGAAUCCGGAAUCUUUUCGUUAUGAGCAACAUCGACGAGUUCUCGACUUGUCUCUGACAUAUAGCAGGAAGAACGGCUUCGAAGUCCUUGCAAAAAGGUCGGCGAGAAUGGGAGGUGAGGAGGUGAAGGAAGAAAUUAUUCUACAAAACUGUGGUCAGGUUUUGAACCAGAGAAGUCAGCUCGAUGCCACGGGUCUCCAGGUUAAGACUCUGCCACUCCUGGAUAUGCGUCUGGAAAAUGGACUUCGACAUCGUAAGGCUAAAGAAGGAGCAAAACAAGCGGCACAACGAUCAGUCUCAGGACAGCGGACCAACACCGAGCUGAGCCAACUACAGCACGCUGGAGACUAUGCACACAACAACUUUCCGUCCCCGGUAGAACAGAAGCUUUUGGAUCCAGAUGCAAUGACAAUCGCCUCCAAGCUCAUCUCGAGGAAAAUUUGCAGCGAAGAUCAAUCGUGCGAACGACAAUUCGCGGACCUGAAGAUCAACAGCCCUGAAGACGAAACUGAGCAGAUGUAUUCCUCCACUUCUACGAUUUGUGGUGAUUGGGAAGAAUCCCAUUGCUUUGACCACAACGAUCUCGAAGAUUGGGAAUUCUUACACAAGAGCAGAAUAUCAUGA